GCCGGGCACAGCCGGGGGGUGGCGGGCAGGGCUGGUCGCUCACGCUCGGCUCCGGCCGCCACCGCCCCUGAGUCCGCCCUGCCGCUCCCCCGCCCUGCCCCAGCCGUCCCUCCGCCCGGCCGGCCGGCCGUCUGGACACAGGGAAGGAGCCAUCCAUCCAGCUGCAGCUCCACCCUCCCAGCACUGCCAGAUGAGCCCCCACGUUGUUGUUGUGCUGCACCUGCAACCCGCUCCAGAGAUCCUUCCUUGCCUCCUGCAUUGCUGACCACCAGCUCCACGGGGUCCCUGACCUGUCCCUGUGGGUCUUCCAACGGCUCGUGCCGUGGACUGCUGGGCUCCCCACCACGCUCAGCAUGCCCUUUUCUGGUGCAGCCAGACCCUCCCAGGAAUCACUCUGGAGCUUGAGGCCAUCCUGUAGGGUAAGCAUUUUUCAUCCUUUCCAAACGUGAAAAGACUGGCCAUCUGUCUGGAUCCCCCUCCCGUCAAAGCGGCACGAAAGCGGCUCUUUGGGAAAGGUGAUCCAGCCAAGGUGCUGCCCGUGUAUAGGCUGCUCUCCCGGCUAACGCACGUCUCCCAUCCCCUGGUAGGAAAUGGAGUCCAAGGUCUCUGAAGGUGGCCUCAACGUUACCCUCACCAUCCGGCUGCUGAUGCACGGCAAGGAAGUUGGAAGCAUCAUUGGGAAGAAAGGAGAAACUGUGAAGAAGAUGCGUGAGGAGAGCGGGGCAAGGAUCAACAUCUCGGAGGGGAACUGUCCUGAGCGGAUUGUGACCAUAACUGGCCCCACUGAUGCCAUCUUCAAGGCUUUUGCCAUGAUUGCCUACAAAUUUGAAGAGGACAUAACCAACUCCAUGAGCAACAGCACUGCUACCAGCAAACCUCCGGUGACACUGCGGCUGGUGGUGCCAGCAAGUCAGUGUGGCUCCCUCAUUGGCAAGGGGGGCUCCAAGAUCAAGGAAAUCCGAGAGUCCACAGGUGCUCAGGUCCAAGUGGCGGGGGACAUGCUGCCCAACUCCACGGAGCGGGCAGUGACAAUCUCGGGGACACCCGACGCAAUUAUCCAGUGUGUCAAACAGAUCUGUGUGGUGAUGCUGGAGUCCCCACCAAAAGGUGCCACCAUUCCCUACCGCCCAAAGCCCGCCUCCACCCCUGUCAUUUUUGCAGGUGGUCAGGCCUAUACAAUUCAGGGACAAUACGCUAUUCCACACCCGGAUCAGUUGACCAAGCUCCACCAGUUGGCUAUGCAGCAAACCCCCUUUACUCCCCUUGGACAGACCACCCCCGCUUUCCCUGGAGAAAAGCUGCCCUUACAUUCCUCCGAAGAAGCUCAAAAUCUGAUGGGCCAGUCAUCAGGUUUGGAUGCCAGUCCCCCGGCCAGUACUCAUGAACUCACCAUUCCCAAUGAUCUAAUAGGCUGCAUAAUCGGACGCCAAGGGACCAAAAUCAAUGAAAUUCGGCAGAUGUCGGGAGCGCAGAUCAAAAUCGCCAACGCCACAGAAGGAUCAUCGGAGCGCCAAAUUACCAUCACAGGAACCCCUGCAAACAUCAGCCUUGCGCAGUACCUCAUCAACGCCAGGCUGACGUCUGAGGUCACUGGAAUGGGCGCACUCUAAUUUCCACCCACCAUCCUCCACUCCGCACCACCUGACCCUCUCCAGCCACCGGCACUCCACCCAGCCUGUACUGCCUGUACAUUUACAGUCUUUCCUUUGCCUCCACAGAUACUCUUUUCUUUACUAACAAAUACAUAUAUAUACAUAUGAACACACGCACGCGUAUUCACACACUGGAAGGUUUCUUUACGAGCUCUUUGCUCUGUGCUCCCGAGGCUGCUCCCAAACUCUUUGGUUAUGGUCCUUGUUUUCAGCAUUACGGUGUUAAUUCUUCGUCUGCUUUUUGGGGAUGAGGGAGGGGGGAGGGGGGCACUGUUUUUUUUCUCUCACUGGCGAGACUGCAGGAGCUGGUGUGGUCUCUAGUCUAGCAUAGCUACCUACACGUUUGAGUUGACAUUGGCGGUACUUCCUGUAGCCUAAGGACAUACAUGAUGCCACCCAGAGCUGUGCCUACUUCAGAUGACUUAACUUUUCCCACCCUCCUUCCUUUGGUACUCCCCUUUGCUUGUCCUGGCUCACCUUCACCACCUCAUGCCCCUGCCCUCAGGGCAAGGGCAUAUUUUUCACCCGUGUUAUUUGGGAAGCAGAAGCCAAGCACGGUUCAACCCGCAGGCUUCUUUCUUGGAACAUGGCAUGGUCCAGACAAAUCCUUUCUCCUGCUAAACUAAGGGAAUCUCACACACACACACCCACAUAUACACACAAAUGCUCAUUUUUUUAAAACUAAUGAGCACCUGAAAGUGGUAAGAACUCAGCUGUACAGGAUUCACACCCCCCAGGGGCCUUUGAAAGCACUCUUUUGGCAAUCCCCCAUGAGCAAAACCAUUGGACGAUAGCUCAGGAAGCUCUGUGAGCUGGCUGUGUUUGUCACUGUUUGUGUUCAAUAAAUGUCUGUGCAGC